AUGCCUGCAAUAACAACUAUCUUGCCACCUGCAGGCGCGGUGGUGGCGCUAUUACUGCUGAGUGCGUACUUUGGCAUUAGUGCUAUACUCAGCUAUCGAAAACUCAAGCAGUUCCAAGGACCUGUAUUCGCUGGCACCUCGAAACUAUGGCUCUUCUGGCAGUCGGUCAACGCACGUGUGGUGCAAGCAGAGUGGGAUGCUCUGGCUAAAUAUGGCACUCCCGCUCGCAUUGGUCCAUCGCUGCUGAUCACGGACGAUGCGGAUCUGGUACGCCAUAUGAAUGCUCCUGGCUCGAAGUGGACGCGAGGGGCGUGGUAUGAUGGUAUGAGGCUGGAUCCUGGCCACGAUCACGUCUUUUCGACACGGGACGAAGCGAUACACGCAGAUCUACGUAGCAAGGAGAUCGGCGGUUAUAACGGCCGUGACGUUGACAACCUGGAGUCCGACCUCGACCUCCGCAUCACAGACCUCCUCGAACUAGUCCGCCACUCUUACAAAGACAAACCUUUGGACAUCGCUGAAGUCGCUCGAUACUUCACUCUUGACGUCCUGAGCACCAUAGCAUUUGGUAGACCCUUCGGCUUCAUGUCCGCGAACAGCGAUCUCUGGGAUUACGGCAAAGCGAAUGCCUCUUUCCUUCCAAUGCUAGAGCUCAUCAUCAACCACCCUACAGUCCAAUGGCUAAUCGCGACCCCGCUAAUGCAGAAGCUGGCGGCUCCAAGACACACAGAUACGACUGGUAUUGGCGCAGCCCUGGGCUUCGCACGUAGAGCCGUUGCCGAACGAUUCCAGAACGUCAAGUCGGCACGUAAGAAGGACAUGCUGAAUCAUUUCAUGAAUAAGGGUCUCACGCAGGAGCAAUGCGAGAAUGAAGCCCAUGUGCAAAUUAUCGCUGGCUCGGACAGCACUACCACGAUCUUGCGCUGUACCCUCUUCCUGCUCAUCUCCAACCCUGUCGCGUACGGCAAAUUGCGAGCGGAGAUCGACCAAGCUGCCAACGAUGGCAGUCUCUCAUAUCCGAUAGCGAACUACGCUAGCGUCCAAAAACUUCCCUACCUCUCCGCCGCGCUCUGGGAAGGUCUGAGGAUGUUCCCACCUUUGGCUGGCCUCAAGGCUAAACUCGUUCCACCCGGCGGCGAUACUUUCAAAGACGUGUUUUACCCCGAGGGCACGGAGGUAGGGCUCUGUGACGAUGCGAUGUGUCGCAAACGCGAGAUCUUUGGAGACGAUGCGCAGUUCUAUCGGCCAGAGAGGUGGAUCGAGGUUGGGCAGGACGAGAGAGUUGUGUUUCAGCGGACUGUGGACUCGAUCUUUGGCACGGGGAGAUUUCAGUGUUUGGGGAGGCAUAUCGCCAUGAUGGAGUUGCAUAAGACGCUUGUUGAGCUGAUCAGGAAUUUCGACUGGAGUAUUGCUGAUCCCUUUGCUGGAGUGCCCACAACAAUCCAUGCUGUCACGCUCCAUCGGAAUAUGAACGUUAUUGCUCGGGCGAGAUAG